AAGCGCCCUUACGCCUUCCGUUGGCUUGAGCUGCUACCAUACCGACGUCAGUGACUGAUUGUAUGCUAGGGUGAAGAUGGCGGAGGCAGCUGCGGCACAACACCGCUUUUUCUGUCACUGCUGUAAAGGUGAAAUCGACCCUACAUUCCCAGAAUUCACUUGCCCCAGGUGUGAGUCCGAUUUCAUUGAGGAGUUGUCAGAAGACUCCAGUCUCUUGGAGAACAGCAGCACUGCAGAGGCCAAUGAUGAUGCAGGCACACUAUUUUCAGAGCUGUGGCAGCUGCUGUUUAUGGAACGCUCUGCCCUCCUCUCGGACCCCUCCGCCUAUGAGUCUGACCAGAGCCAACUACAGGCUGCCCCUGCCAGUGAUGCAGUGGAGGACUUACUGGAGGGCCCUUCUGUGGACCCUGUGGGACGCACAGAGCCUUUGGAGCCUGAAUCGGAACGCCCCUCUCGCCCGCCUAGCCAGGGGAGUCGACAGUCCCGCGCGCCAGCAGUGGAGGGUAUUGUGCAGCAGUUUUUGGCUGGCCUGUUUGCCAACAAUGGAAAUCCAGGUGUCGCACCAGCUGCACUGUCUGGCAUGUUCCAUUCAAAUCCAGGGGACUAUGCCUGGGGUCAGGGAGGUCUAGACGCAGUUAUCACAGAGUUGUUAGGUCAGUUUGAGAGCACAGGUCCACCUCCUGCAGAGAAGGAGAUGAUCUCAUCCCUCCCCACAGUCAACAUCUCUCAAGAACAGACAGACACAAGACUGGAGUGUCCAGUAUGUAGGGAGGAGUACUCCGUGGGAGAGUCUGUCAAACAGCUGCCCUGCCUCCAUUAUUUCCACAGUGACUGCAUAGUGCCAUGGCUCAAACUGCACGAUACCUGUCCUGUGUGUCGUAAAAGUCUUGACGGCGUCGACCAGAGCAUCCAGCCCCCACCAGAACCCCCAGAGGCCCCCUCCAUCAGGACAGACCCUCAGGGGGAGAGACGGGCUAUUUGAGAUCACUGUACAUUUCCUGGGGAACUUUGAUUGGGGUGAGAAAGAUCCAAUAUGCCUGCAAUAUAUCCUCACCUGCAAAUGGUUCCAACUGUUUUCUGACAAAAUGUUAUGGAUUCAAUUUGUCCCUUCGUAGAGGCAUUUCACCUGUUCUGAAUGUCUAUUAAAAACAAAUGAACUGACAUCAUUGAGCCAUAGGGACGUGACAAAUGUGAUGAAAUUAGGAGAGUUUGGGAAAAUCCUGAAAGGUGAGCUGAACUCACUCUCUUGCAUUGUUGAUCUGGAUAAGAUAAUUUCCCUACUCUGUUCUCUCUGACCUCUUUGGUUGCAUCGCAAUAAUCUCUGCUUUCUCCUGAAGGGUGUACUUGUUCACUUCAUGGAUUUGAAAGGAAAUGACUGGUAUAUGGAAACUCCUAGGCCAUGCCUAAACCAAUCCAAAGCUUUUACAUUUGAGUAGUGAACGAAUGCAAACUUCGGGAGGAAGGAGAGGUUAUUGGGAAUGCAACCACAGGGAGAAUCUCAAUUGCAUACUUGCGUCCUCUCUACUUCUCAAAAUCCAUUGGAGGAGAGGAUCAGAGGGGCGGGAUCUUUGGCUUUCUCUUCCAAUGGGUUGCAAUUGGGUAUGCAAUUGAAACUCUCCCUCGUCUCCCACUUCCACAUAUUAGUUAAUAAUGUCCACCUCUCUUUAUGUCCCCUAUUAAAGCCUAAUGUUGUGUUCUUCACACUAUCCACCUACUUCCUGUUACAACAUUAUGCACUUUCCUAAUGCAUUAGUCUUUUACCUUUUUCUAUCAUUUUAUUUUGAAUGAUAAGUACAAGUCACAGCAACAACAAAAAAACAUGUUUUUAAUAUUGAAUAUUGAAUAUUGAUUUGCCUAUAUGUGUAUUGGUAUGUACACUGCUCAAAAAAAUAAAGGGAACACUUAAACAACACAAUGUAACUCCAAGUCAAACACACUUCUGUGAAAUCAAAGGAAGCAACACUGAUUGACAAUAAAUGUCACAUGCUGUUGUGCAAAUGGAAUAGACAACAGGUGGAAAUUAUAGGCAAUUAGCAAGACACCCCCAAUAAAGGAGUGGUUCUGCAGGUGGUGACCACAAACCACUUCUCAGUUCCUAUUCUUCCUGGCUGAUGUUUUGGUCACUUUUGAAUGCUGGCGGUGCUUUCACUCUAGUGGUAGCAUGAGACGGAGUCUACAACCCACACAAGUGGCUCAGGUAGUGCAGCUCAUCCAGGAUGGACCAUCAAUGCGAGCUGUGGCAAGAAGGUUUGCUGUGUUUGUCAGCGUAAUGUCCAGAGCAUGGAGGCGCUACCAGGAGACAGGCCAGUACAUCAGGAGACGUGCAGGAGGCCGUAGGAGGGCAACAACCCAGCAGCAGGACCGCUACCUCAGCCUUUGUGCAAGGAGGAGCACUGCCAGAGCCCUGCAAAAUGACCUCCAGCAGGCCACAAAUGUGCAUGUGUCUGCUCAAAUGGUCAGAAACAGACUCCAUGAGGGUGGUAUGAGGGCCCGACGUCCACAGGUGGGGGUUAUGCUUACAGCCCAACACCGUGCAGGACGUUUGGCAUUUGCCAGGGAACACCAAGAUUGGCAAAUUCGCCACUGGCGCCACACUGAGCACGUGACAGAGUCUGGAGACGCUAUGGAGAACGUUCUGCUGCCUGCAACAUCCUCCAGCAUAACCAGUUUGGCGGUGGGUCAGUCAUGGUGUGGGGUGCCAUUUCUUUGGGGGGCCGCACAGCCCUCCAUGUGCUCGCCAGAGGUAGCCUGACUGCCAUUAGGUACCAAGAUGAGAUCCUCAGACCCCUUGUGAGACCAUAUGCUGGUGCGGUUGGCCCUGGGUUCCUCCUGGGUUCUUCCUAAUGCAAGACAAUGCUAAACCUCAUGUGGCUGGAGUGUGUCAGCAGUUCCUGCAAAAGGAAGGCAUUGAUGCUAUGGACUGGCCCGCCCGUUCCACAGUCCUGAAUCCAAUUGAGCACAUCUGGGACAUCAUGUCUCGCUCCAUCCACCAACGCCACGUUGCACCACAGACUGUCCAGGAGUUGGCGGAUGCUUUAGUCCAGGUCUGGGAGGAGAUCCCUCAGGAGACCAUCUGCCACCUCAUCAGGAGCAUGCCCAGGCGUUGUAGGGAGGUUAUACAGGCACGUGGAGGCCACACACACUGCUGAGCCUCAUUUUGACUUGUUUUAAGGACGUUACAUCAAAGUUGGAUCAGCCUGUAGUGUGGUUUUCCACUUUAAUUUUGAGUGUGACUCCAAAUCCAGACCUCCAUGGGUUGAUACAUUUGAUUUCCAUUGAUAAUUUUUGUGAUUUUGUUGUCAGCACAUUCAACUAUGUAAAGAAAAAAGUAUUUAAUAAAAAUAUUUCAUUCAUUCAGAUCUAGGAUGUGUUAUUUUAGUGUUCCCUUUAUUUUUUUGAGCAGUGUAUAUACAGUGGGACAAAAAAAGUAUUUAGUCAGCCACCAAUUGUGCAAGUUCUCCCACUUAAAAAGACGAGAGAGGCCAGUAAUUUUCGUCAUAGGUACACUUCAACUAUGACAGACAAAAUGAGAAAAGAAAUCCAGAAAAUCACAUUUUAGGAUUUUUAAUUAAUUAAUUUGCAAAUUAUGGUGGAAAAUAAGUAUUUGGUCCAUAACAAAAGUUUAUCUCAAUACUUUGUUAUAUACCCUUUGUUGGCAAUGACAGAGGUCAAAUGUUUUCUGUAAGUCUUCACAAGGUUUUCACACACUGUUGCUGGUAUUUUGGCCCAUUCCUCCAUGCAGAUCUCCUCUAGAGCAGUGAUGUUUUGGGGCUGUUGCUGGGCAACACGGACUUUCAACUCCCUCCAAAGAUUUCCUAUGGGGUUGAGAUCUGGAGACUAGCUAGGCCACUCCAGGAUCUUGAAAUGCUUCUUACGAAGCCACUCCUUCGUUGCCCGGGCGGUGUGUUUGGGAUCAUUGUCAUGCUGAAAGACCCAGCCACGUUUCAUCUUCAAUGCCCUUGCUGAUGGAAGGAGGUUUUCACUCAAAAUCUCACGAUACAUGGCCCCAUUCAUUCUUUCCUUUACACGGAUCAGUCGUCCUGGUCCCCUUGCAGAAAAACAGCCCCAAAGCAUGAUGUUUCCACCCCUAUGCUUCACAGUAGGUAUGGUGUUCUUUGCAUGCAACUCAGCAUUCUUUGUCCUCCAAACACGACGAGUUGAGGUUUUACCAAAAAGUUAUAUUUUGGUUUCAUCUGACCAUAUUACAUUCUCCCAAUCUUCUUCUGGAUCAUCCAAAUGCUCUCUAGCAAACUUCAGACGGGCCUGGACAUGUACUGGCUUAAGCAGGGGGACACGUCUGACACUGCAGGAUUUGAGUCCCUGGCGGCGUAGUGUGUUACUGAUGGUAGGCUUUGUUACUUUGGUCCUAGCUCUCUGCAGGUCAUUCACUAGGUCCCUCCGUGUGGUUCUGGGUUUUUUGCUCACCGUUCUUGUGAUCAUUUUGACCCCACGGGGUGAGAUCUUGUGUAGAGCCCCAGAUCGAGGGAGAUUAUCAGUGGUCUUGUAUGUCUUCCAUUUCCUAAUAAUUGCUCCCACAGUUGAUUUCUUCAAACCAAGCUGCUUACCUAUUGCAGAUUCAGUCUUCCCAGCCUGGUGCAGGUCUACCAUUUUGUUUCUCGUGUCCUUUGACAGCUCUUUGGUCUUGGCCAUAGUGGAGUUUGGAGUGUGACUGUUUGAGGUUGUGGACAGGUGUCUUUUAUACUGAUAACAAGUUCAAACAGGUGCCAUUAAUACAGGUAACGAGUGGAGGACAGAGGAGGCUCUUAAAGAAGAAGUUACAGGUCUGUGAGAGCCAGAAAUCUUGCUUGUUUGUAGGUGACCAAAUACUUAUUUUCCACCAUAAUUUGCAAAUAAAUUAAUUAAAAAUCCUACAAUGUGAUUUUCUGGAUUUUUUUCCUCAUUUUGUUUGUCAUAGUUGAAGUGUACCUAUGAUGACAAUUGCAGGCCUCUCUCAUCUUUUUAAGUGGGAGAACUUGCACAAUUGGUGGCUGACUAAAUACUUUUUUGCCCCACUGUAUGUAUAGGUGUGUAUAUACAUGUAAAUGUUUGUUAACGAAUACAUCUGCUUGGCAAUGAGGUGAUAAGAUUGAAGAUAAUAAUAAAAAAUUGUCAAAUUCAUAAA